CAGGCAAUUAUCCAAACAUGGUGACCAUGCUAAAUUUACUCAAAAUAUAGUGGUCCGUUAAACAAUUAACUCCCAAGUAUUUAUAACCCUAAAUUCUUCCGCCGGCCGAUCACCGGCCGCCGUUUUGACCUUCAUCGCCGGCUCCGAUUUUCUCAUUUUUGGAAUUUGAAUCAGUAAAGUAAAUAGAAAAAAAUAAUUUUGUAGUUUUGUAAUCUGAAUUUUUGAAGCAAUGGAUGAAGAAAUGUCGAUUUCGGCGCGAAGAAUGUCGAUGCGAACUCGUAAAAUUGCUCCGAAAAUGGCUGCUGCUCUUGCUAGUUCUGAUAAUAGAAUACAGUGGGCUAUGUUGGCGCGGCUUAAUGCUUUGGAAAGUGACAAUGCAGUAGUGGAACCUCAACUACUUGAUGAUGAUGAUGAUGAUGAAGCUUCUCUCGACGAUGAGGAUCAAUAUUUCAUAAGAAGUACCCAAAAGGCACAAAGCGGAAAACUCGCCAAGCUAAAGCACUCGAGAAUAAGAGAGCCCCCAAGUCAUUCUUUGAGCUCUUGAAUGAGGUAUAUAUUUCUAAGGCUAAUAGUUCACCAAUUUCUGAAAAAGGAUUUCCAACGCUAAUAGUUGAUUUUACUCUCUACCUCAAUGACAUAAAUUGACCUCUCACCGUACCACAAGUACCAACCUAUUUAAAAGCAGCAGUGGGACCUCCAAGUUCCAGCUCUCGCUGUCAUUUCUGCACGGUUUGUGGUUUCUCCGCGAACUAUACAUGUGUGCAGUGUGGGAUGCGCUUCUGCUCAAUCAAAUGUCAGAUCAUUCACAAUGAUACUCGGUGCUUGAAAUUUGUUGCUUGAUUGGUGAGAGUUUCAACCUAAAGUAAAUCGGAUGGAGAUGCUGAAGCUUUAUUCUGAUAUCCUGUAGUAUUUGCUAGUUUCAUGUUUAUAUAGCUUAUGUACAUAUUAAAGUACUCCGACUACUCUCACUCACUUUGGACUUUGUUGUUUUCUCCCUGUGCACGGUUGUUGUUACUCAUACUCCGAUUAGUUCAACGUGUUAUAGUGCCUGAUAUUGAAUUCCAUAA